CUCACACUUUCUACGUUCUACGGUACAUCGACUGAUCUCAUUGUUGAUAUUCGGUAAAAUUCGUUUGCAUUCAAUUUGUUAGAAGUCUUCGUUGUACGAUUUUCAGCACAAAGCUACCCCAAUGGCCGAGUCUUCAAGGCGUCCUGUCCCUGCACUCCCUGCCGAGGCCAUAUUGAGGUUGCAACCAAGCGAGGUUCAGCUUCGUUGGGGUUGUACGAAGCCUAGUGAGGGCCUCCGAGAGUGUGAAAUCCGACUUGCCCGAGAGACCGCCGCUGCAGCAGGUUUUGACCUUAUAACCAUCGUUUCGAACAUUCACCCAACUACCACGCGAGGAACCCGCCGCGACAAACCUCACUUUGGUGUCAUUUUCCAGAGCAGUCGAUACAACUUACAGACAGAGCAGAAUGUUCACAUCAACAUCCGCGUCUGGAGCCCACACUUUCAGCAAUGGACUCGAUACCCAUCAAGUGGGCGGCCAGCUAAUUACCCCUACGAACACGUCCAUGCCGAGGAACGAAUCAAAUGGUACCGACCUCUACCCAGAGCUUUGGCUCAAGAAGAGAUCGGUACACAUUAACAUGUAACGUAA